AUGGAGCCACUGAGGGAGAACGUCUCCUCGCACAAAUAUUUUAUCUUCGACGGCUUCAAUGAACUCGGAGCGCUGAGGCCCGUCCUCUUCAUCCCUUUCUUCUUCAUGUUCGUUGUGUCGUUAUUUGCCAACUCCCUGCUGCUGUACGUCAUCAUUACGCAGAAAAGCCUCCACUCACCGAUGUACAUCCUCAUCGCUGCCAUGGCAGGUGUGGACCUGAGCCUCCCGCUGUUCUUCGUCCCAAACAUGUUGCUGAAUUUCUUGUUUGACUGGAGAGGAAGCUCUCUGAUUGGCUGCCUGGCUCAAAUGUUUUUUGUUCAUCUGUUAGGAACUUGUCAGUCUACUCUGCUGCUGUGGAUGGCGCUGGACCGCUACUUUGCCAUCUGCACGCCACUUUACUACCACAAAUGCAUGGUGUUACCAAGAUUCCUCAGGUUUGUGAUCCCGCUUCUGAUCAGAAAUUUCCUCAUGAUCACACUGGUAGUGAGUCUGGCGGGAUCAUUACCAUUCUGCUCUAAAAAUGUUAUAAACCACUGUUUCUGUGAGCACAUGGCCUUGGUGGAGCUGGCCUGUGGAAGCACCGCCGUCAACAACCUGGUGGGGUUACUGACCGUGUUCCUUAUCCCGGUAGCUGACUUCAUCAUUAUCACUUCCUCGUACAUAAUUAUAUUCAGCUCUGUGCUGAGGGCCGGCAGGUCGGGCGUCAAAGCUCUCCACACCUGCGUCACCCACAUCGUGGUCAUGACUGUCAGCCUGACCAUCAUACUUGUCGCUUUCCUGUCGUAUCGGAUCAGAAACGGUCUCCCUGCAGCCGUUCGGGUUUUCUUCAGCAUCAUGUACUUGUUCUUUCCCAGCUGUUUUAACCCGAUCAUCUACGGCAUCAGAACCACAGAGAUACGACAACAAAUCCUGAAGAUGCUGACCUGUAGUCACUUUGUCCAAACGGUUCCCCUCACUUAA